AUGACUCUCUCCUCCGAGCAGCCGCAUGCUCACCCCGCCGACGACGCCAGAACCACCGUGGGUGGCGACGCGUCGCCGGCGUCCGCUUCCACUUCCACCACCGUCCCGCCCAGCAUGGCAGCCAUGGCCGCAAACCACCCGUACUCUACCGCCUUCCUCCUCGGCGCAGCGCUGACUGGCUCGGCCGUCAUCGGUGGUUUUGCGGCACGCCGCGCACUCGGCCAGAACCAGCGUGCGUUCCUCGCAGCCCAGGCCGCGGCUAAGCCCGCCACCCACCCCUCUGCCGUCAAGGGAGAGUAUGACUCGAGGCUCCUCAAGCUCGAGGCGCUCGUCAAGGAUGCUCAGCAGGCGAACAAGAAGAUGGCGGAGCAGAUGGUCGCCAUCCCCCAGCUCGUGCGGGGACUCGAGCGCGUGCAGGCCGAUCUGGCGCAGGAACAGAGUGCGGCCCUCAAGGCGCAGAGGUCCUACUUGGACCAGAAGUUUGAGAGCAGCCAGGCCAAGCUGAGCGACGGUCUCGCUGCUCUCACCGGGAAGGGUGCGCAGUCUGUCGUCCAAGCCUUCCGGUCUCGCAUGACCGCGGACGUCCAGUCAAUGACGGAGGUCAAGCAGCUGACCGCGGAGCUCGUGCCUUCCAAGCCAGCGGCUGACGCGAAGCCAGCAGAGCAGAAAGCCGCCUCCUUCCUGGAGGACGAGGAGGAGGGCGGACUGGACGCGACGCAGGGCGACUUCUGCUUCUUCCCCCAACGCGAGAUUCCCCCGACGUCAUCGGCGUCAUCGGCGUCAUCGGCGUCAUCGGCGUCACCAGCUGGAGCCGCCCCCAAGAAAGGCGCAGCGGGUAACAGCAAGAGCAAGCCCUGGUCGUCAGACCGGGCAGAGACAAGGUCGCAGCAGCCGAUAGCGCGCCUGGGCGUGGACGAGAGUGGUGAGUGGAAGUUCAAGCUCGACCCAGCGAGCCAGGGCACGGACCAACUGUUCGGCUCGCACCUGAGGCCGCGGUCGAUCGUGCUCUGCCGCCAGAGCGAGAAGCGGAGCGAGCUCGGCCUGCCGUUCUUGUCUUCUACGACGAAAAUGACGUACGUCUACGGCCCGUUCGUGACCGGCAUCGUCUUCAACCCCGAGGUCGACAUGGUGCUGCUCGACGGCGCGUGGUGGCGCGUCACGGAGGACGACGGCGUGUUCACCGUGCGCGAGAAGGUCGCGGACGACUCGCUCUAA